CAUGCUGGAUGGUAAUCUUCAGGCCAUGUGCACAAGGCUUCUGCUGAGUUGCAGACAAGUGGAUUAAGGAGCAGGCUUUAAUAGUGCCUCCACGUCACCUGUUUCCUCUACUACUACACCUCUUUUGUUCUCUUUCAUUCUCUGCUGCUCAAGCUGCAAGACAAACACUGACCAGGCACAAUGAACCAGAAGGUGGUACUCAUUACUGGCUGCUCCUCUGGGAUUGGCCUCGCCUUGGCUGAACGCAUCGCAAAAGAUGAGAAGAAAAGGUUCAUGGUCUAUGCCACAAUGCGGAACCUAAGUAAGGGUGAGGCGCUGGUCGAGGCAGCGGGUCGGACUCUGGGCAGGACUUUGGAGAUCAAACAGUUGGACGUAUGUGACGAGGACUCCAUCAAAGCCUGCGUGGACAGUCUGCCCGAGCGCAGGGUGGACAUUCUCAUAAGCAAUGCUGGCAUGGGUCUGAUUGGACCAAUUGAGUGUCAGUCUAUUGAUGAGAUGAAGACUGUGAUGGACACCAACUUCUUUGGGCUUGUGCGUUUGCUGAAGGAAAUCCUACCUGACAUGAAGAGGAGGAAAAGGGGCCAUAUUGUGGUUAUUAGCAGCGUCAUGGGAAUUCAGGGAAUUUUAUUCAAUGACAUCUAUGCAGCAUCCAAGUUUGCAGUUGAAGGUUUUUGCGAGAGCUUAGCGGUACAGGCCCUGAGGUUUAAACUCAAUAUCAGCCUGAUAGAGCCCGGGCCAGUGAUCACAGAGUUUGAGAGGAAAGUCUAUGAUGAGGGCUUGAAGACUGAUCUGAGCAAAGCCGAUGAAGUAACUGCUGACAUGUUCACAAACAUCUACCUGAAGAACUACAAGCAGAUCUUUGAAACCCUUGGGCAGUCUGCUGAGGAUAUAGCAGAGCAUACUUUCAAGAUCAUCACCAUGGAGAAUCCCCCUUUCCGUCAUCAGACAAACACGCUUUACACCCCUAUGACCACACUGAAAUACGCUGACCCCAACGGUGACCUCCCAAUUGACACAUUUUACAAAAUGGUGUUUGAACAUGACAAGGUUUUCAAUGCCAGUCUGAACUUCCUCAAACUUCUGCGCUGGAGAAGUCGAAAGAGCUUUACCUUGGAAAAGGACAAGAGUGGCUAAGAGCGUG